UCGUACACUGUUAAACGCACCGAUACGUUGAGUGAAUUCCCCUGGUGACGUCAUCGAGGGUCGCGCAUGCCCUCGGCCCGUCUUCGGAGAAUCGCGCGGAGGGGCGUCCCGAGGUUCUGCCAGGCUCGGACGCGUAUCUGCGCGCGCGUGCAUUGCAUUCGAUGGUCCUGUCGUGGAGUCGCGCGAGGUCGAAGAAGGUUGACACCUUGUUGACAGAUUACGGAGCAUCCUCGAGCAAGAGUCUGCGGAGCCGGGAGCGCGGCUCCAGGACGUCGCCCAGGACGCGUCGGAGAGGGUGAGGCUGCUCCUGCAACGCGAAACGGACAUCAACUCUCAAAGGGUCGUCCAGGAGGUGUCCAGCUCCUCGCUGAAGGUCAACAGAGGCUAGCCAGGUCCAUGUCGAUGAGAUGAGAUGACUCUGAGGCGCGGCACGCAUGGCGCCGCGCGUCUUCCACGCGACAAGCUCGCCCUGGCUCCGACUCUCCACGGAGUGACGAUCAAUGGCUAUAUUCGAGAGGAGGCGCACGAACAAGGUCCUGCUAGACGACACCGAGGUUCUCAGCGCCGUCAUUGAGAAUGCUCGGACCGUCGACGGGCACACGGAGUACGUAAUCAAGACACAGAGGGGACCAUUGCCUGAAAAGUCGUGGCGAGUCGGCAGAAGAUACAAUGACUUCGUACAGCUCGAUGGAGCCCUGUCCAUAUCGGGCAUCAAGCUGCCUCUACCUCCAAAGAAAAUCGUCGGUAAUAUGGCCCCGGACUUUGUAGCUCGACGGCAAAUAGCUCUGCAGAAUUAUCUAAACGUAGCACUAAUGAAUCCCAUACUGGCGUCGUCGUUGCCUAUGAAAAAGUUUCUGGACCCUGACAACUACGCCGCACCGUUACAUGAAAUAGCACUGCAGCAAGUCUCAUUGGCUCUACGCAGUGAUGCCAAUUUCGAGGUCUGCACGGCCAUACCCGAUAUGGGGUGGCGACUGAGGAAGCAUUACUACAACGUCAAAAAUCGUCAGAACCCGAAACAAGAAUUGUUACUCGCAUGGGUGGAAUUUGGACCCGAUAAGCAUUUGCAGGACAAAGAUAUACAGAGUGCGUUGAAGAGUCUGGGUACCUUGCGACAUGAGUUCGUCGAGCCCAUUAUUCAUCAGCAUGCAAUGGAAAACGGUGCUCUUACGAUUCGAGCCUUUUAUCCGGAAGGCACGCUACGAGACGUGCUCUGUAACAGUAAACCUAAGCAGCCUUUCAUUAAGAAAUAUGGGAAUCCAAAACAUAUUAAGCCAUUGACCAUACCAGAAAUUGCUACUCAUGGAUAUCAGAUACUCGAAGCUCUGCGUUUUCUUCAUGAGAAGGGCUUGCCCUACGGCCACUUGCACACCGGAAAUGUUCUUCUAACACCAACAGGUGCUAAGUUAUUAGACAUAGAGAACGGUCUCCUAGGAUUACCUGCAUUUUAUCGUCCUUACGUAGUGCAAAGGCGUAAGCUGCACGCAACAACUCAAGUGGACGUCUAUUCAUUCGGUCAUGUUCUCUACGAAAUGGCGUUUGGGAGACCUCUGUUAGAGGCUACGUGUUCGGAGUUGCCUCGCUGCGAUUCUGGACUGAAGAAUCUGCUGGAAGUGAUUCUCUUUCCGGAAGCCCUUAAACAAGACCUGCCUACAGUUCCUCGUCUUUUAGAGCAUCCCUUUUUCGAGGGGAUCGCUCGAGCUGUGAGAUCCUCUAAUACACCGGAGAGACCGUAUCUAAAAUUAAGUAACCACUUGAAGGAUGCCCUGCUGGAGGCUACGAACAAAGCUGAAUUACGACUUAAGGACGAGCAGAAGGUAGCGAGGCAUCAAAAAAGACUGGUCAGGGUGCAAGAGAUGAUGAGCUCCGAAGAAGAGAUGAAGAAGCGCAAGCACAAGCUGAAAAAGGAGCAGAAGUUGGCCCAGGAGCAGCGCACCGCGAGCCAUUUGGGAGCGGACGUAAAACAAACUAACGGCAAAAGUCCAGAGAGAUCGGACAGCCCGACCAGCGCCUCGACAGCGACAAGCGUGGGAACACUGACUCCACCAUCUCACGGCUCCACCGAGUCGCAAUGUGGCAAAAGCACGCCGGUACCUCCGCCUCUUCCAAUUCUGAGGCAAGCAUCGGUGUCCUCGGUGAUGGUGCACGUGCCGACCGUAAAGACUCCAGGUCUGAAGGGACCGCCCGUGGAACGGGCCGCUCUUCUGGGCAGCAUCUGCGCCUUCAACAAGGCCAACCUCCGCAAGGUCGUCAACGGGAAUCCCUGAAAUUCCUCCUCGGCUUCCUCGGGAACGAUUCUCAUCGACGAUCGGUCGUCCUCGGUCGCGGCGAGGAUUUUAUCUAGAUAACUAUCUGACGGGGAAUCUGCGUCGUUCUCGAUUCUGCGUAACACGUCUUCCACUUCGUGGACUCUACGAACAAGACCCUGCUGUCGCGGGUGCUGCGCAUCGAGGGAGUUCGGGAAACUCCUCGAGGAUGUCUCUUCGGGGCAGUGGUAACCCUUGACUCCGACUCGACGGUGCGGGACGGUAUAACGCAUGUGCUGUAUAUCUCGUUUGUGAAUAUUUAAUAAAAGUGCAAUAUAUCAUUGA